AUGGAUUCGCCAGUUGUGAGAGGCUGGAUGCAAAACAAAGUGAUCCUGCACCGUGCUGCUGCGAGUGCCUUGUGUAUCCUUCCGCGAGAAUACCUCUCGCGGUCGGACAUAAUCAUCAACGUCGAAGUUCUGAUUCCGCUGAUUAGAUUUCUUGGUCUGCGGCCCUCCAUCUACACAAUCCGCAAUGAAGUGACGAGCUUUUUUCAUUGUGCACGGCCUCCGGGAAUGCGAUGUGAUCCACGCCCAAAGCUGGGCCCUUCGGAGAUUGAUCUCGAUUUUUUCGAGAUCGGCCAAAAGGGGCCAUUACCCCAGGGAGCCGAGAGCUUCGAUUCGAUUUCCGACGCUGAAGCUUCUACCGAAGCAGCCGAAAGCGAGAAAGAGUUUCUCGAGGAUCCCGAGUUGGAGGUAGAGGGCGACAGUUUGAGCAUGGAGCCGACCGUUGGCAGUGCCUCGGGGGAUCGCAGGCUCAGUGGUUCCAGCUUGAGCUCGGAGGACAAUCCUUGGGUGAAGAAGUGCCCGCACGGGAGUGGCAAAGAAGAGCUGGAGCGGCAGGGGGCUAUUCUUGAGGAGCUUCAAAGGUUGCUAGCCCUUCAGGCAGAAGAGGAGAAGCUUACAGAGCUGUUAGCUGCAUUGCAAGAUCAAGAUGGGGCCGAUCACCAAGACACGCUUCCGCACGACCUCGCCGAGUCGGUCGCUGUUGAGAAGUCUUUCAUCGAGGCUUCAAAGCCCGAUGUCGUGGUGCACGACGAGCAGAGGGUUGCCAGAGAGCUGUUCCCUCCUUCUCCAACAGCAAAGGAGUUGCAGCUGUGUGCAAGCAUCGCAGAAGCACCUGGGGUUUCGCUAGCAGACGAAGUCCUGCCCGAGACCAGCAACAUCGCAGAAGCAGCCGAAGACCCAGUAGCAGACGAAGCCAUGCCCGAGAGCAACCUCGCAGAAGCACCCGAAGACCCAGCAGCAGACGAAGUCAUGCCCGAAAGCAACAUCGCAGAAGCACCCGAGGUCCCAGUAGCAGAUGAAGUCAUGCCCGACAGCGACAUCGCAGAAGCACCCGAAGACCCAGUAGCAGAUGAAGUCAUGCCCGACAGCGACAUCGCAGAAGCACCCGAAGACCCAGAAGCAGCAGACAAAGUCAUGGCCGACAGCAGCCUCCAGCAUGAUACCAGCAGGUUCGCAGAGGCCCCAGAAGCAGCAUCCAGAUCGUGCACGGAGACAGAACCGGAGUCCUGUGAUGAUCACACGAAGCACUACGAAUUUGACCCAGAGCCAAACCACGAAGGUUCCAAGCCAGCCAAUCCAGCUUUGAAGCGAAGUGAUCGAGUUCGCCCCUCAAUCCUGAAAGAUUUGGCAGCCCUUUCGCCGGAAGAGCAGACCAGGCUUGCUCGCCCCACGAAAGGCGAGGAGGCAGAUGAUGAGGACGAGGAUUCUGCCGAAGCUCACAAGCGGAUAAAGCUGGUGGGCCCAAACGAAAGCGAGCCAAUCGGGCUUAUGCUGAGACGGACUAGCUACAACGAGCACUCGACGAACCGGCCUCACGGGGGUGAAGUUCGAUGCCCGGCAGAGUUGAGGGCUGGGCCGCUCGAGCAUCUGCUUUGGGCACAGCAUGCGACCCGCCGACGGAUCGAAGCCUUGCAGAACAAGGUCGGCAGAUCGGCAUCGGCACCUCCCGGACGAGGCUCAGCAGCGACUCGUCAUGGAGCACCACCCUCUGGUACCGAAGUUCCCGCACCAGCUGUGGACCCAAAGCAAGCACCACCGAAAGUUUCCGCAGCAGCACCACCAGUGUACCCGAAGCAAGCAGCCCCGAAAGUUUCCACAGCAGCACCACCAGUGGACCCGAAGGAAGCAGCCUCGAAAGUUUCCGCCGCAGCACCACCAGUGGACCCGAAGCAAGCAGCCCCGAAAGUUUCCACAGCAGCACCGCCUCUGAACCCGAAGCGACCAGCCGCAGCAGCACCACCUGUGAAUCCCAAGCAAGCAGCCCCGAAAGUUUCCGCAGCAGCACCUCCUGUGAACCCGAAGCAAGCAGCAGCCCCGAUAGUUUCCUCUGAUACAGCAGGCCCGGAAGCUACUCGAGGAUCCAGCUUCGAUAGUGCUUGGAGGUAUUGUGCAACCUUGCCCGACACCCCAUUAGAGAAGCCUCAGCCGGACGCAGACGAGAAGAGCCCACCUGGCGAGCACCGUGGGGACUCGAUCCCUUUGGGUUACUCUCCGGGGCAAAUGGCAGACAACAGCUUUGCCUGGGCAGCAAGCAAAGGCUUGCUGAGAACAAACGAAGUGCAUAAGGCUGAGGAGGCCAAAUUGGUCAUCGAAGAGAAGUUUAGCAACCGCACCGAACGAGGAACCUCCCGGACCAUGACAGCCGAAGCCGAAGACGAAGACGGCUACAUGUUGGAGGAUGAUGUUGCCGGUGCCGAGAAUAAUCCGACCGAGCACAAGCCUUCGGAUGGUGUCGCCGCCAAGGGGAAGCCAUUCGUCCUGCAAGGAGAAGCUGAAGAAGAUGAACAACCCACGGGCCACGGAGUUGCUGGUCUCAAUUACAGGAUUGCCAACCACAUGCAGAGCCUCUUGGAUCAGAUGAACAAUCUUUACAAGACCCUGACAGAGCAGGAGGCCGAAGCCGUGACAGACCUGGAUGGCUCGAUUCCUGGAUUAUAA